CUAUCUGUUCAUGAUUAUGUUGAGAUUAUCUUCAUUUAUUUGGUUUCCUUUUUCGGUCCUUUUUGCAUCCUCAGAUAGACAUCCUGUUUGUAUCUGAGCUGACCGAUAGAAUUUUAAAGGAAAAAAAUCGAGAUUUAAUAUUUUAUACAUGCCUCUCUCUAUCUAUAUACAUCAAUUCAAUGUUCAGAUAAUGCAGCUAAGUUUUGCUAAUGAGUAUUAUUAGUUUUCAUGGCUAAUGCUGAUUUUGGUUUCUAAAAUAAAUUGACCCCCACAACGCAAAAAAAAAAAAAAAAGCUUCAAUAUAUGAAAUCCCAGCACUUUCUUUCAACCGUCUCGACAUUUCAAUUUCAUGGUCAUUAGAGAACAUAUGGUAUCGUUUGCUAUUUCGUUGAUUGAAGAUCCGGCAUCGAAGGUCAGACAUUCAGACUGGUCUAUUUAGAUGACAUGCAAUACCUGCAUAAGGAGUGUGAUUGCAGAAGGGGGAAUAUUUUCCAAAACAAGGUAUAAGUUGAGCAAUAUCAGGAGGAGUUUACAUGUGGGUCUUCACCCCCAUUAUACAUUGAAACGUGAGUUAUCAAUGAAUCUGAGUAUGAUGGUUGAUUCGGGCUCAACAGCAAAACGGGAAGCUGUUGUUGAUGUACUCAAAGAGAAAGAUGAAGCUGGUGGAUAUGUUAGUGGGGGGUGGAAAAGUGAAGAUGGCAAACUGAGUUGCGGGUACUCAAGUUUCAGAGGAAAGAGAGCAACCAUGGAGGAUCGUUAUGAUAUUAAAAAUACUAAGAUUCAUGGGCAAACAGUCUGCAUGUUUGGAAUCUUUGAUGGUCAUGGUGGUUCCCGUGCUGCUGAGUAUUUGAAGGAGCACCUAUUUGAUAAUCUGAUGAAGCAUCCAAAAUUCAUGGAAAAUACCAAACUGGCUAUAGGUGAAACAUAUCAACAGACUGAUGUGGACUUUUUGGACUCUGUAAAGGAUACCUACCGUGAUGAUGGUUCCACUGCUUCAACAGCAGUAUUAGUUGGUAACCAUCUAUAUGUUGCGAAUGUUGGAGAUUCGCGAACUGUGAUAUCAAAAGCUGGAAAAGCGAUCCCUCUCUCUGAAGAUCAUAAACCAAAUAGAAGUGAUGAAAGGAAGAGAAUUGAAAGUGCUGGUGGCGUUGUAAUGUGGGCAGGCACCUGGAGGGUUGGAGGUGUACUAGCUAUGUCACGUGCUUUUGGUAACCGCAUGUUGAAGCAAUUUGUUGUCGCAGAACCUGAGAUACAGGAUCAAAAAAUAGAUGAAGAAUUUGAAGUGCUUGUGCUUGCAAGUGAUGGACUAUGGGAUGUGGUGCCAAACGAGGAUGCGGUUUCAAUUGCUCGAACAGAAGAAGAACCUGAGGCUGCAGCUAGAAAAUUAACAGAAGCAGCUUUUAAGCGUGGUAGUGCAGACAACAUAACCUGCAUUGUGGUGAGAUUCCAUCAUGCCAAGGCAGAUUCAGCCAAUGUCCAGAGUAAUUAGAAAUCGCUAUUCAUGUUGCAUGCAUGAUAUGAUUUAUUGAUGAUGCUUUAGGGAAUCUAAUUUUGCAAUAUGUGCAUGCAUGUAGCUGAUUGUUCAUAUGGAGGAGUUUAUUUGUUUAUUCAUUUUUUGUUUCUUAAUAUGCUCUUGUAUCAAAAAACAUAGACUCUGAAGUGCCCUUAUUUUCUUCUCAAGUCUUUUAAUACAUCUGCGUGUAUACCUUGCUGCU